AUGGCCUCCGAACAAACAGUGGAAAAGCUCGUGCAAGUGUCGCUUGGCAAGAAAUUGCUGCCGAAGGCUUUUGUGUCGAUGCUAGCUAAGCUCGAGAAAAAAGCUCCAAUUUCUGAUAAUGAGCUUGUGUCGGCCCUUUUAACAGUCCCUUCAGACCGCCUGAAAUUGAAGCUUCAAUACCAAUUCGCCAUCGCGUUUGCCAAUGAAGGCGUCGACAAUACACGACGCUUGUUGUCAGCGUUGUCAACUCUCGAUGUCCAGUCACAACGAGAGUUUGUAUUGCUCAUGAAAAAAGAGUAUGCCACCCUCAAGGAACCAGUGCUUCGAUACUUUGUCAACGAGGGUUUUGCACAAUAUACUAUCCAGUUCCAAAGCUCGCUAUAUCUGCUGAUAGACGACGAGAAGAGAAAUCUUUGGUUUCACAUUUUAUUUUUGUGGGGCACCCUCAUUGACAAUUCUGGCAGGUCAAUUGAACAAGAACGAUUCCGCUCUUUUGCCAUGGAGGCAAUGGGACAGCUUCAAAGGCUCAAUGCAACUGAUAAGCUAGCAUACUUUGAGAAGAAAUCUAGGAAUCUUCUUGAUACCAUCAAUGUGGCCCAUUGCCUUCAUCCUGGAGCUGCUGCGGUGGAAUUCAAACGUGAAAAGGUGUCUCCCACGCCAGUCAAAAAAGCUUUUGCUUUAAAUCAGCACUCUAAAAAGUAUCUUAAGCUCAACAGACUCAAAAAUUUCUUGUGGCUUAAUGAGCGCUUCAAACUGUGGAAUAUCGAUGGGCUCAUGGAGCUGUAUAUCGCAUUCUUUAAUGUGGACGUAGCGAAGCAUGACGAAUGCGUGAAACAAUUGAUUGAAAUUCUUUUUUCAGGGAUUUCCAAAGCAGUCAAGUUACAAGAGAGCCCAUACGUCUUGUUCAACUGGAAGAACUUUAUUGUGAGCCGCUUUCCGGCCUUCAUCAAAGAGUCAAGACCCAAGAACAACAAUGAGGCCAAUUCCAAUCUUGAGAGUGUCAUUGUUAAAACAGUCGUUGGCUUUUCUGAUGCUUACAUCACCGAAAUGUUCAUCGGGGGUAGAUCAUCGCAUCCAUUUGAUUUGAGGAAGGUGUUCUUGCGCAGCUGUAUGUAUGAGGAUCUUGUCACCGUAUCGAACUACACCAAGACCUUUCCCGAGGAUUCGGAGUCGAUAACUUGGUCUCACAUAACUCAUGAAAAAAAUGUUCUUAAUCAUACAGAUCAUCUCAAGUCUGAGUUUAAUUCAAAGCUUCUUAACAUAAACACCGAAUUCACUUCUUUGGCAGAAAGCAAAUUCAUUAAUUUCCUCGAGGAACUCGCUUCUACUGACAUUCAGUUUCUGCCCACUAAGCAGGAGCAGCUAUGCUCUCUCGUUAUGAGUUCACUCGAAAAAUUUAUCAGGGAUAAAUCGAAUGAAAAGUUGGUGCGCUUGGUUUUGGGCCUUCUACUUUGCUUGCCAAUAACUAAUUACAUUUUUUUCACAGAUCCACGCGGCCCUUGGAGCAUAAUUGAUCAACUAAUAUCAUACACGGAUAACGACAGCUUUGGUGCGGAUGCUGAUGAAAGCAAUUUUCAAGAGACGAUUUCAUAUUUCGGUAUAUUGACGACUGGUGUGAUUGCCAUGACCAAGUUCUUUGGCAUAGAUCUUGUCUCAGUCACGCUAGGAAGCUCCUAUACGAUCGAAUUUAUAAGCAACUUCUACCAUAGACUGUGCUCAAAAUUCACCCCAAGGGUGGAACCAGCGACCAACAACGAUACAGAUAUGAUGAAUCGGUACAAUGACCUCUUGUCUGAGUGGGCAAAUGCAUUAUUUGAUGUGAACAACGAUGGGCUUUCCGAUGACCUCAUUCGCUCUGUGGAUGUGAAGCAAAUAUACAAGUUGGUCUUUAUAAUUUUUCAAAGCGGUAUCACGGCUAAUAUUGCUGGCAGUUUAGCCUCACCCAAUUUGAGCAACGGUAUUGACUACCUAGCACAAGAUUUUCUAACAGCCAGCUCCGCAGAGCUCAUCCAUUGGAUCAUCUCGAACAUAGGUCCCUUACAAAGGAAUAGUGAUAUGUUUCUUCAAAUUCUUUGGAAAAUCAUACAAAGUAACUUUGGAGAAAAUAAGGAAGAGGGCUUGGAAACCAAUUAUACGUUUCGCCUAGUCUUGAAUCUCGUGGGAAAAGAGCUUCUUGAGGCUGUGUAUGCAUUCAGAAAUUGGGAGAACAAGGAGAUCAUGUUGAAGUUGGUGAGGGUUGUGAAGCAGACUGUGGACGAGGAGUAUAAUAGGGUAGAUCGACCAAUGUUGAUUCAGCACGAAAGACAUACGGAUGGUGACUCGAUGGUGUCAACUAUUCGGAAUGCUUUGCAAACAUUUCUCAAUGAAGAUGAGAGUACCUUAGAACAAAGCGUGUGGAAAACAAUACAUAAUAUGUGGAAAGUGACUGAGAGUGAGGAAAUACUUUCCGUUCUACUCAGUGAGAUAAGUUUGUGCCACGGGAGUAAAGCAGGUACUUCCGCAGAAGACAGCAAGUUAAUUGUAAAUUUCAUGGCGUUCCUAAUCAUUCUUACGAGUGAAAGUGCAGUUGACAUGAGCGAUGCUGAGUUGAAGUCAACGUUCAAUGAGAUUAAACCUCGGGGCAAGAGCUCAAUGCAAUUUGGCACAAGCUUCCUGCUAAACAUCAAAGAUCAUUAUUCCAGCAUUUUAGGUGACUCCUUGAAGGAUUCAAAUGGAAUGUCGGAGCCAGCAGAGAUCAAGGAACCGAAGGACGAUUUGAUGAUGGAUUUCGAGAUGGAUGACCUCUUCAACGAUAAAGGUGAUGAUCUAUUCGGUGAUACCAGCGAGCAAGUGAGUUCACGACCAGACUCACCACCAGCAAAAGUGGGUGAUAUGUACAGUGAGAUCAUAUCAAGCACAUCAGUUCUUCGGAGAAUUCUCAACCAGCUUCUGCAAGACCUCGAGACACACAAACAUGAUGCAGAGAUCUUGAAAAUUGUGCUUGCACAGCAAAUGGAACAAUUUUUGCUGAUGAGGCGGGUCAAGUCUACUUAG